CCCCUAACUCCGUCGGCCCGCCUGGCCGCUUAGCCGUGCCCCGCGCGCGCCAUGAUCUCAUCUGCCCGUCACGCGCGCGACAUCCUCCUCUGUUUCCCCUUCCUUAAAUCCCGCCACCCCCUCUCACGCUUUGCACACGUGCUAAGACCCGGUUUACCCAUUUCUUCCUCCUCACAACGCCCGACUCCCUUCUCCUCCUUAAUCGUUUCGUCGGCCGCCGACAUGGGUUCCCUCUCCAACCCUCUCUCACCGCUGCACUACCCACUGGCACGCCGCGACUAUUCCAUCGUUGACGACUAUCACGGGGUCCUCGUUUCCGACCCCUAUCGCUGGCUGGAGAAUCCAGAUUCGGAGGAAACGAAGGCGUUCGUGGAGGUGGAGGCGGCGCUUACGGAUUCGGUUCUGGCGGAGUGCGGGGAAAGGGAGCGACUGCGCGAGCAAAUGACCAAGUUGUUCGACCACCCACGGUACGAAACUCCCUUCAAACGGGGUGGGAAGUAUUUCUAUUUCCACAACUCCGGCCUUCAGGCGCAGAGCGUUCUGUAUGUCCAGAGCGAUUUGGAUUCGGAAGCAGAGGUUUUACUCGAUCCGAGUGCACUCAGCCAGGAUGGGACGGUGGCUCUUAGCACUGUUUCGAUUAGCAGGGAUGGAAAGUAUUUGGCAUACGGGCUUAGCUUGAGUGGGAGCGAUUGGGUUACCAUUAAAGUAAUGCGGAUCGCUGACAAGAUGCCUGAGCCUGAUACAAUAUCAUGGGUUAAGUUUUCAAGCAUUAGUUGGUCUCAUGAUGGGAAUGGAUUCUUCUAUGGAAGAUAUCCGGCACCAAAGGAAGGGGGUGAUGUAGAUCCAGGGACAGAGACUGACAUGAAUCUUAACCAUCAGCUAUGCUACCAUUUUUUGGGAACUGAUCAGUCUGAGGAUGUCUUGUGCUGGAAGGAUCCUGAGAAUCCCAAGUAUUUUUUUGACACAAUUGUUACUGAAGAUGGGAAGUAUGUUACUUUAGCUAUCUGUGAAGGCUGCGAUCCUGUAAAUAAGUUAUAUUAUUGCGAUUUAUCUACAGUUUCUGGUGGCCUUCAUGUCUUGAAAGGAAGCAAAGAUAUGCUUCCAUUUGUGAAGUUGGUUGACAAUUUUGAAGCACGAUACUAUCUUGUUGCAAAUAAUGAUACCGAAUUCAUAUUUUUGACAAAUAAAGAAUCUCCGAGGUAUAAAUUAGUCCGUGUUGAUCUCAAUAAACCUGAAAUAUGGAGUGAUGUUUUGCCAGAAGACCAAAACGAUGUGCUAGAGUCAGCCUAUGCUGUUAAUGGGAACCAACUAUUGGUAUGUUAUCUUAGUGAUGUGAAGUACAUAUUGCAAAUAAGAGACCUAAAAACUGGUCAAUUGCUACAUAAUUUACCUAUAGAUAUUGGAACAGUUACUGGGAUCUCAGGAAAGCGCAAAGAUGCUGAGAUUUUCAUUGGUUUUACUAGCUUUCUUUCACCAGGAAUUAUUUAUAAGUGCAACUUGUCUUCUGAAGCUCCUGAAAUGAAAGUAUUCCGGGAGGUUUCUGUUCCUGGAUUUAAUCGAGAUGAUUUUCAUGUUGAACAGGUUUUUGUUUCUAGUAAGGAUGGAACCAAGAUUCCAAUGUUCAUUGUUUCAAGAAAAGAUAUCAUUCUAGAUGGAUCACAUCCGACAUUACUAUAUGGUUAUGGCGGUUUCAACAUUAGCCUAACACCCACUUUUACUGUGUGGCGGAUUGUUCUAGCUAGAAAUUUAGGUUUUGUAUUCUGUAUAGUAAAUAUUCGUGGUGGGGGCGAGUAUGGCAAAGAAUGGAAUAAAUCAGGAUCUCUUUCAAAGAAACAAAAUUGCUUUGAUGACUUCAUUGCCGCAUCAGAAUUCCUUAUCUCUUCUGGUUAUACCAAUUCCGGAAGGCUAUGCAUUGAAGGUCGUAGCAAUGGUGGACUUCUAAUUGCUGCAUGCAUAAAUCAGCGGCCUGAUCUUUUUGGUUGUGCCAUUGCUCAUGUUGGUGUCAUGGACAUGCUGCGGUUCCACAAAUUCACAAUAGGUCAUGCAUGGACAUCUGAUUAUGGUUGUUCAGAUAAGAAGGAUGAAUUCCAAUGGCUUUUUAAAUACUCACCACUUCAUAACGUGAAGAGACCAUGGGAGACUUCUGAUUCAUCUUGUCAAUAUCCUCCGACCAUGCUGUUGACAGCCGAUCAUGAUGAUCGUGUGGUGCCUCUGCACUCCUUAAAAUUAUUGGCAACCAUGCAAUACAUACUCUGCAUGAGUCUGGAGAAUAGUCCACAGAAGAAUCCUAUCAUCGCUCGCAUUGAUCGCAAGGCUGGUCAUGGAGCUGGUCGACCUACCCAAAAAAUGAUUGAUGAGGCUGCUGAUCGAUAUGGCUUUGCUGCGAAGGUGAUGGGAGUUUCUUGGAAUGAUUAGUUUUAUUUGGAAGUUUAUAAAGUAGUGUUGCAUUGAACUGAAAUUCUGGUGCGUCAUCCGAUUGCAUUCUAUCUAGUACAUGAAUAGUUUCUUCUUUUGAACAAAAUCUGAUUUCAGGCUGAUGUACUCGUCAGCAAACUGCUUUCUGUUAAUUAUAUUCGUGUGUUAUAUUUGCAAAGCUUAAAUACUAGAAAUAAACAAUAAAUUACUCU